GUAUGUGUACAACUACAAGCAUUGCAAUUUUCUCAGAAUAUGCAGUACUGAAUGCAAUAUCAGUAUUUACAUGUAGUGCCAGUAUCACAGGAACUGACAUGUACAUCAAAUGAAAGAGCAUAAUAAGAAGGAAGUUCAUUUUCAAAUAUAUGCUGUGUAAUCUUCUUGAAAUGAUAGAAGUGAUUCGAGGAAUGGGCUUGGAUAAAUCUACAGAUAUGUCAUAACAGUGGAUGGACAGUGAUCGACUGUCCCCACAGAGCGAGACCUUUUAUUAUGAGGAGGAGAACUGAAGGGAAAUCUUUGUCAGGUUUCAGAUUGCCUUCUCUCAGUCUGCCUGACAUAUCAACAGCAACCAGUGACAACUCAUUGCGGGGCAGCAUUGCUGCAGGGACACCACCGUUGGCAGCCAAACCAAUCAUGCCAGAGAGUCUGGAGGUGGACACCGCUAGGAGGAAACCGUCCGUAAGCGACGAUUGGUCUUCGGAACAAUUUCUGUCCCCCGGGCACAGGGUAGGGUCUUGGAACACAUCUCUUGAUUCGGUCACCGUUCGACCGGUCUCGCCAAAAAUCUUCAGUCUAUGCAGCAAGUUUAUGAGCUCGAGCGACAACAACGAGUUGUCAAGUGCCUCGAAGGAUCACCUUGCCAUCCACAACUCAAGACCUCGAUCAAAGUCCUUCACUCUUGCCUCAAUAACUGACGACCCAAAGUCCCCCGAACAGCUCUCGUCUUUGUUUAUCAGACGCUCUAGCAGUCCAAAGCCAUUGAAGAUCAACCUUGCUCCCCCUGAAAUAUACUCUAUAGAUCCUGAGAAUGGGGGUCUGCUCCCUAAGCAACUCCUAUCACCAAGCACAAGUCCAAGUAGUGGGUAUGGCAGUGGGUUCAACUCAAGCAGUCCCGUGUGCAUGAGCCCUCGCAGUCAUUCGCCAACGCUCGAGUCCCAACUGGAGAGAGAACCUAGUGAGGAGAAAUCGUCUUUGUCAGUUGUACCUCAUGAACAAGGACACACAAGGACUCGCAGGAGCAUCAGUCAUGACAGUGGUGUCUCAAGACUCUCUGUUGAAUCGCCCUCAUGUGUAGGGCGUUCAUCGAGCGAAGAGGAGCCAUGUUCUGAGAGCCGCAGUCAAGUCAGGAGCAUGCAUUCUCAUUGCGGAGGAAACAUUACCAUACAGGUCCCCAAACCUGUGCGACCACAGUUGGUCAAAACCAAGCCAGUAUUUCAUCUCUACCCCCCUGGAAGCCCAACCAAUGUGAUAAUGAAACCUGAGAUCCUGUCACCGGAUGAAGGGUUCCAGGAUCUCAGGCUCCCCCAUGAACAACCAUCAUCGAGCAUGCCUACAUCUCAGCCUCUCGCUCCCCUUAGCCCUGCUCAUGUCGAGAUAAAAAGGACAGAACUCAGGGUUCGACUCAACCCCCCUGGUAGUCCCCUCCCGACCCGAAUCCAUGAGACCAUCCCCGGUCUCAGCAGACGCUUCUCCGAAGAAGGAAGUCUGGACCAGGAUGGGGAUGAGAAACUCCUUUCAAGUGCCACUUCUACGGAGGAACAAAGAGUGCCUUUUUCUUCAACCGAAUCGAAGCCUUUAAAGCGUGAUGCAAUGCCUCCGGCUCUUGUUAUUGAUAUGUGCGAGACACCACCCCGUUCGGAGCAGAACUCGCCACCCGGUUCUUUCAAUGCAAACUCAGGAUCCAACUCGAUCAGACCCUACCAGUUCCUGACCCUAGCCGACAUUCAGUCUGGCACCGUACAUCGGAAACUCUCGACGGACAGUACGCUUUCCUCGUUCAGUCAAGGGUCAAUUGAGGAUGAGUUGGAUGAACAUCGGAACUCAAGGUUAGCGGACAGUGCCCCAGCUCCUACGUCAGCAAAGGCCCCCUUUACGGCAGCAGGGAAAAGGGCACAGUUCAGUAGUGUAAGUAUCCACACUCAUCAUAAAAUCUCUUUACCUGUCAUCAUAUUUUCUCAUUAAACCCGCCCAUUUGAAAGAGAAACGUAACUUGAUCAUUCUCCACACUAAUUUAUGAUUCAUGUGUGAAUAAUGCAGUAUGUUUUGAUCUCUCUCGUGUUUGCAUAAAUGCCUGUAAAAGGACAAAGACGAAUGGGAGUUUUGUUGCUGUAUCGAUCUUCUUACGAUUGGAUUUAUGACUUCACUUAACGCUCUCAUCAUAGGCUGUUUCUAUCGUUACCAAGUUGAAACGGUGAGCCUAUAAUUGCAGGCUCUGUUCAUAGCUCUCUAAA